AUGUUCGCCCGCGCCAACCUCCGAGCGCUCGCGCGACGCGCGCGCGGGGCGCUCGCGGGCGUCGAGCGCGCGGUGUCGAGCGCGCGGGCGACGGGCGGGCGACGCGCGGGCGCGGACGGGGAUGGGGUGCGGGUGAACGAGGCGAUCGAAUCGCCGACGGUGCGAUUGAUCCUCGACAAGGCGACGGCGACGACGGACGCGAUGGGGGCGAACGGGGGGGUGGAGGGGGCGUCGACGUCGACGCACGCGGUGAUGAGCGCGCGGGAGGCGCUGCGCAUGGCGCGGGCGAUGGGAUUGGAUCUGGUGGAGGUGAACGGGACGCAGACGCCGCCGGUGUGUCGAAUGAUGGAUUACGAACGCGCGCGGUACGAACAGCGACGGAAGAUGAAGGAACAGAAGAAGGCGUCGACGAAGGCGCAGAAGAGAGACGUGAUCAAGGAGUUGCGGUUGACGGCGAAGAUCGACGCGCACGACUUGAGAACGAAAAUGAGCGGGGCGAAGAAAUUUUUAGAGGCGGGGAAUCGAGUGACGUUUAGGAUCAUGUUCAAGAAGUCGGACGGGAUAGCUCUGGAUAAACGAGCGACGCGAGGGGCGGAGAUAAUGGAGAAUGUGAUGUCCAUGCUCGAGGACGUCGAAGUCGUGUCGGCGCCAAAAAUGGUGGGUCUGCAGCACAUGACGGCUUCGGUGUCGCCGAAAAGAAAGAAGUAG